UUCAGAUGAUGGUUUGUUGAAUGAUGGCAUCAGAUGUAGAUCAAAACGAAUCAAGACAGGGAAAUGUUGAUUCGCAAAGCGAACACGAGAAACUUAAUGACGUUGCUGCCCCAAUUGCCAGUCUGCCAGUUUCUUCACAAUCUGGUCGAAGUAUAUCGUUCCUUCUUCCUGCGACUCAUUUAAAUCAAGGAGAAAUUCCUUCUGCAGCUCAUCCUUCUUUUCAAAGGAUGUCACAAAUGGUUAUUUUGAACGACGUUGAGUCAUAUACAAAGCUCGGUAAUACUGAGCUUGAAAAGGGGCACGUAGAAAGUGCGCUCAAUGCGUUCUCGACCGCUUUCCAACGAUCGGCCAUGCUUGAUGACAAAAGAAUUCUCAAAAUUUGCUGCCUCAAUCUUGGUGCUCUCUACAUUUCACUUCAGAAACCACAAAAAGGAUUGAGUUAUUUGCUGCAGGCCAGUACAAUGGGCGCCUCCUCAGAUCUGGAAUUCGAUCUUAAUUUCAAUUUUGGAUUGGCAUACGAAGCUUUAGGUCAUGCACAUGCAGCCAUUCAUCACUUUAAGAUAGCAGCAAAGUUUCUUGAACAGCAAGGCUUAAAGGAAACCGAACAGCACGCUGAGAUAUGCUUGAAGUUGUCAAACAUAUUCAAAAUAUUAUCUUCCACAGAUACGGCUAUCAAGUAUUGCAAAAAAAGUGUUGUGGCUUAUGAAAAACUGCAAAAUCUAGAAAAACUUUUAUUGAGUCACUUUUCACUUGCUGAUUAUUUAAUUGAAAAACAAGACUUAAAUGAAGCUCUCAUGUCCUUAGAUUCAUGCUACCAGAUAUUAACAAACCAGACUCCAAAAUCGAUCACCCCUAGAGCCUUGUUGACGAUGGUUUUGAAACUGGCAGAAAAAUAUAUGAAAGCUAACGAUGUCAUCAACGCUAAACAAGUCGCUGAGCUUGGGUUGAAAUUGGUGCUCUCUUCCUUAAGGAAUCCUUCUCUUAGCAUAGCUGCAUACAAACAGUUGGCGGAGUUUCAUGGCGAUUCAUACCUUACGCUCGCGCAAUUAAAUCAUAAAUCGCAAACAGAACAAGCGCUUCUUGAUUACGAUCUUGCAGCAGAAAUUUUUGAGCAAAUUGGUUUGUCCAAAAGAGCCGCCAGUUGCUACACGAAAAUGGGCGAAGUGUAUUUGGAAUUAAAUCAAGUUCAGACUAGCUUAGCCUUCCUUGGAAAGUCUCUCGCUAUUGUGCAAGGAUCGGUGUCUGAAUGUGAGCAGCAAACGUUGGAGUUAUUACACCGGGCAUAUCUAAUGAAAGGUGACAAUGAUGGCAAAGCAGCGUCUGCGCUCACUUCCUGUCUAGUGGUAGCCGUAAAGAGAAGCUCCCAGCAUAGACACCAGAAUACACAGAUCAGUGAUCCUGCUGAUGGGGCUAACCUGAAUGAAUUAGUUGAGCAGUUGAAGAGAGAAGUUGUGCGUAUGGGGGCUAUAAGUGAAGGAGGGAGUGUGAAUCAGAUGGUAAAGGAAUGGACAGAGAAAGAAGGCGAAGACGAAGGGACGGCGUCAACAUCACUAAUUGAUGAUACUACAACUACGCCACUUUCUCCAGUUCUAACCCAUUCUUCUAAUGUGGACGAAAAAAGCAAAGAGCAGAAAGGGAGUAACCAUAGAAUGCGAGGACAACAAACCAGCGGAUCUACGGACCAGAAACAAAGAAGGUCAAAUGUUCGACAACAGACUAGUAAGGGCAAUGAGGAAAAGAAAAGUUUGGCAAACAUCGCCAGCGAAGAUAACAGCAGUUCCGAUCCUCUUGACGACGUGAAUAGGAGGCGAAGAGUGUCUGACAAUGCAAGUUAUAUUGCGAAGGGACUGGCAGUAGAAAUUCACGACCCUGCAGAAACCAGUGGGUCUGGGUUGAAAUUGAGCAAAAAGAAAACGGACCACGAUCGAACACUCACUGACUCAAGCGAGGAGGUUUCGUCGACUCCUACUCCCAAAAACGACACGCUGUGGGGAACUGAGCUGUACAGAAAGCUAGAGCAAAGACUGCAGAACAUGCAAAGAUCUUCAGACAACUCCUCUGAUUCGUCAAGUGAGAGCGGAUACAAAGGAAAGAGUACACAAUACGGAUCCAACGAAGUUACGAAAAGUCCAGCCAAGCUCCAAAAUAGUUCAAAGUUGUCCCGGAGAAAAACUCGGACCCUCACUGACACAAAGUUCGCGAAUGACUCCAUAGUAUACGAGCACACUGCUCAGCUGGAUAGCAGGGGCAAAACUAGCAGCAGAGCUGGGAGUGCGGACCGAAAUAAUUUCAAAAUACGGUCAAUCGAGCCAGGUGGAACAUCCUCAUUCAUGUCAUUGAGUCGCAGUCUGAAAAGCACUAGACCAAAACUGCCUCUUCUGGCUACUGUGGGGGAACAUGAGAACACUGUUGAGCCUGUUGUCAAAUUGGGCAGAGAUACAGUUGAAGUUGAAGAUACCAGGAGGGGUCAAGGGAGUUCAAGGUGCAGACCAUUUGGGGGAGACGAGAGUCUAGUGGAGCAUAGCUCGACAGAUAUGAGCUUGAUGCAGGGUACUAGUAGAAUGAUGGAGUCCACAUUAGAUGCUAACUCGAAAUCAAUCCGAUCCAAACGUUCAAUUCUGCCACAAUUCAAGGGUUCUGUGAAGGUCCAGCGUACCCAAAGCAAUUCGUCUCCCUCGUCUGAUCCGAAAAUAAAUAAGCCUUCCAGAACUCCCAACCGGGCAUCCGCUGCGUGCUCUCUCAUGUGAGAAUAGAAAGAUGUUUCCUAAUCAAAGUUGUUCAGUUCUUUUGCCAGUCACUGACUGGUGUGGUCUGCAGCUUAGUCGUACCCAGAUUUCCAUGUGAAUUUACUUGUAUAUAAGAUGUCAAUGUUGUUUAUUAGAAAUCAAUGCCAAUGUGUAAAUAAUAAUUUUGAAAAAUCCGUUUGAAUUGUAAAUAAGUAGAAUGAUCUUAUCGUGUUUGUUUCGAAAAAUUCAGCGUUUUCUCUUUUCGAAUU